GGCCAGGUUGCCAUUUGGCGCCCCCAUGCGGCAAUGAGAGCCAGCACUGGAUUGUAGGCAACGAACAGACGAGCUGCUGGGUAAACAACAGUGGACGAUUGGAGAAGCAGGAAUGGGAACUUCGUCGAGGACAAACGGUGUUGUAAGAUGAAGUGGUUUGAAGCAUAGGAAGUGCUGUGAGCAUAGUCACUCUCAGCUUGGUCAGGACAGACCUGCCACUAUGAAGAGUGAAGUGCCGUCCGAGGCGCACGGUAGACAGGAGCAUCUGAAGGAGCCGCUGGUGAACCCGGAGUCCAUGGAGGCAGCCAAGAGCUUCUCUAGCAACAUGGACGUAAUCGGAAUGGCAGACAGCGAGUUUGCCACACUGUGCUCCGAAUCCAGGCAUCGGAGCUUGAGGGACACGGGGGCUCACAAGGACUUGGAGAGCGGACGCAGAAAAAGAAAGGUCGGACAGGCUGGACCAUCUGACUGUUCGCUUAAAGUGGGCCAUCUGAGCGAGACUUCCAUUGCCCCUCAGCGCUCCAGGGAAGAACCUUUGCAGCACUCUAGUGAGGAUGAACGCAAUCACGAGUCAUCUUUUAGUGACUGUGCAUCAUCCCCAUCCUCCAGCUUACGAUUUGGGGACUCGGAGACACUAAGCUCUGAGGAGGAUGCGGAAGCUGGACCCACUGGGGCAGGGCAGAAAGCGCCUCUCCUGACAUCAGGAGCCACCGGAGUUAGUCUUCGCUCUGUUGUGGGUCGAACGAGGCGGACCCGCUCGCAUAAGUGGGUGCGGUCAGAGGCAGAGCCGGUGUUGCUGAAACGCCCGUGUUUAAGCAGUCGGCGGCCUCUUCAUAGGAAACGAUUUGUGAAAUCAGUUCCCGGGGCAGGGCAGCGUACGCAGAAGCAAAAGGAGAGACUACUACUGCAGAGGAAGAAACGAGAAGUAAUUGCACGUCGAAAAUAUGCUUUACUCAAUAGCACAAGUAGUUCUAGUGAGGAGCUGAACAGCGGGUCAUCCUCUCCUUCCUCGACUGAAGCAGAGGAUGAGUUGUAUGUGGAUGUCAGCAGCACCAGCAGCCAGCCCAACAGUGCUGCUGUAGCCACAGGUGCUCUGGAUGAAGACGUGGUCGUGAUUGAGGCUACUCCAGCUCCAGCACCUGCUGUCCCCGCCAGUGAGGAGAUCAACGUCACCUCGACAGACAGCGAGGUGGAGAUAGUCACAGUCGGAGAUGGUUACAGGUUGCGCUCCCUGGGGGGUCUUGGCAGGUUAUGGGCUAACAGUUGCUCACAGAAUCGUCUCCAGGACUCCCGAGGACGUCACAGAUUGUCCACCGUCAUUCAGCCGUUGCGUCAGAAUUCUGGGGAGGUGGUGGAUCUAACUGUGGAUGAAGAUGACCUUUCAGUUGUGCCAACAACCUCUGGCAGCAUUCGUCCUCAAACAGUCAGGUUGUCCUCGUCAUCAUCUUCCCAGCAUGCCUCUACCUCAGAGCUCAAUGAUGCCCCAGGCCCCUCCACUAGCUGCCCAGGCUCAAUACAAGACAGUAUGCACAUACCAAGGCCAAGUGGCUCGAAUCGAGCAGCCGCAGAGGCAGAUGAAAGCAGACCAGUUUUGUCAGGUUCAACAGGAGAUAAUGCAGGCACUGCCAUGCCUAGACUGCCAUCAUGCUGUCAGCAGCAUUCCCCAUGUGGAAGGCCCUCUCCUGGUCAUCUGUCCCUCACCCACUCCCAUUCAAGCUGCAUGCAGGCCUCAACCUCUCAGAGCAAUGGGUCCCAGCACAGUCACAGUCACAGUCACAGCAACGCCCACCAUUUUGUGCUCCAUGUUCAUCACCCGACACCGCAACCCCCGGGCACGCUGCCUUUUCAAGAGUCUAGCUGUGCUGUGGAAAGACCCAGUGCUCUGCCUGCACCCUGUGCUGUAGUGGGCAGUAGCAGUAGUAGCGGUGGAGGUAGCAGCGGCAUCAACAACAACACAGCCCAUUACCACGAUCAGCAAACGCUGCCAGUGGAUCUGAGCAACAGUAGUGUUCGAAGCACCGGGGCAACUUUCCAUGGUAGUACCUCUGCCUUUGACCCCUGCUGUCCCGGUUCCACCUCACGGCCUCCCACUUAUGUUUCGCAAGCCACACCUGGACCCAGCCAGCCUGCUGCAGUGGACUCUUUCAGCUCCGCCAUGGUAGCUCAGCCUCAAACACAGCUUCAGCAGCCCUGCAGACAUUACAUGCACCCUUCUUAUGGCUCUCUGGCACGCUCAUUGCAUCAUCAGCCCUCUACUGCCUGCCCUCAUUCCCACGGGAACCCCCAACUUACACCUCAGCCUCCUCCGCAAGGCGAUUAUAUCCUUCCCCAUAAUGUCCACUCCUUUCAUCCUCCGCUGCCAACCCACCCGUCAGGCCACACUGUGCCCACUGCCCCUCCACUGCCUGCGCACCACCUCUCCAGCUCAAGUGCCCCACUGGCCCAGCACUUGCCCACAGAGCACCAGGCCCUGCCACACCAUAUACCCCCAUUGGGAUCAGUCCAGCGACUCCAUCAGCACGAGAUGUUGCAGAGGAUGGAGGUCCAAAGGCGCAGAAUGAUGCAGCACCCCACACGAGCACACGAGCGUCCUCCUCCUCACCCUCACAGAAUGCACCCAAACUACGGCCAUGGGCACCACAUCCAUGUGCCACAAACUAUGUCUUCCCACCCUCGGCAACCUGAGCAAAGAACAGCAUGGGAGCUCGGCAUCGAGGCUGGAGUGACCGUAGCGUCUUACCCUUCAGGGCACCUGCACUCCCAUUUGCACCACUACCACCCCACCUCCAGACUGCACCACUUCCCCAUCCCCUUCAUGCACACUGGCAUAUCUGAAGUCACCUACCCGCACAUUCGCUACAUCUCAUCUAGAAUGACCGGCUUUGGAAGAACCUAUGAGGACCUGCUGCAUUUAGAGGAACGAUUGGGGACUGUAAACCGAGGAGCCUCUCAGGGAACCAUAGAGAGGUGCACUUACCCACAUAAAUACAAAAAGAAGGUGUUGGAGAGAGACAUUGACCAACAGUUAACUCCUGAAGCUUGGGCAUCUAUUGGGAAAAAUAUGCACGCAACCCCUGAAUCGAGGAAGCUGCACGGCAAGCAGGACGAAGACGAGGGGGCGGACGAAGACACAGAGGAGAAAUGCACCAUAUGUCUGUCCAUUCUGGAGGAGGGGGAGGACGUCAGGCGCCUGCCUUGCAUGCACCUGUUCCACCAGCUGUGUGUGGACCAAUGGCUGCUCACCAACAAGAAGUGCCCCAUCUGCAGAGUGGACAUUGAGGCGCAGUUGUCUGCUGAGAGUUGAUGCUGUUUUUCUUCAUUUCUUUCUUUCUUUCUUCCUAACAACACAUUUGUCUUCUUUUGAGCUCAUCUUCAUUUGUGAGUCCUGCAGUCAACCAAAGAAGGCAUGAAUGACCUGCGCAGCUCUACUACUUACUAGACGUUAAUAAGACAACAGUGCCAGCUAUCACUCAUUAUUAUUAUUAUUAUUAUUAUUAUUGUUGUUGUUGUUAUUACCACAACAGCUACAUGUCUCCAUUAAGGGUUUAUUAUUAAGAGUUUAUGUAUUUAUAAAGCUUUUAUGUAGCUUUUGGAUUGUUUCCUCAAGUGUCAUUUUUGUUCUGCAUGUUUCCUUGCAAUGCAUUUGUUUGCACAUCUAACACGGGCUGAAGGCGGCCUAACGACGACAACAACUGCUCUACGCCUCGCUUUACUACCAUAGAAUGUCACAGCAUCACAAAACAUUGCAGACUUCAUUUGUACCAAUCAUUGUAUUGAUUAGUUUGUUUAGAAGAUGUGGAUUGUUAGUGAAAGAUGGGUUUUUAAUGAUAAUAAGAAACAUUCCUAACUAGGGACAAAUAUGUUAACAGAUGAGCUUCUGUAUUAGUGCGUGCGCACACACACACACACACACACAACACACACAGUAUUUUCUCAGCACUCAUCACGCUGUUGCCUAAUGACCACACACACACACAGUAAUGUCAUCCAUGUUGGAGAACGUCACACAGCCUUCAUGCCAAAAAGAGGAGGCGUUGUGGUCCAUAGAUGAUAUACAACAAGUUGGACUCAUUCAUUCAUUCAUUCAUUGCCCGUUUGUGCAUUCAAAUCUCAGUCCUCCCUCCCAACCCCUCCUGUCAGCUGUGGAACACAAAAAAGUGUUGACUAACUCACUGGCAAAGACUACUUGCACAAGAGAGAAAAGUUAGUAUAGUUAUGAUAAGUGUGCAGAGGCCAUGUAUUUCCACUCUGAAUAUGAAAUAAAGUAAAUAAUAAAAACAUUAUUUUCAA